AAUAAGGUCCGAUACGAUCGUUCAUUUGGCAGGAGCCGACGUACGCGUUUCUUGCUUUUGGACAAAGUUGUAUUUCCAGCAGGAAGAUGCCAGUGAUCUACACGAACGAAAGUAAUCCAGCUGGCCUGAAGCUGAUAAUCAGUGCGAAAUUCGGUUCAGUUAAUUAUCAGGUGAAAAUAAUUGAAUCAGCAGAUAAAACUGUUCCUGCUCCAAGAGUGUUACCAUAUGUUGAGACAGAUCGGGAAACAGUAAUCUUCUCAAGCAAUGCUGGUGCUCAAUACUUUUACCCCAAUAAAGAAGUGGACUCUACAAACAGUGUGCAGCAAUGGUUAGACUUUGAGGUUUAUGAGUUGGCUCAGUCCUUGGCCCUUGUCAUCGGAGGCUCUAGCAAAGUGCAAAAAAUUAAAGAUAUUUUAAGUAGCAGUUUAAAGUUACUCAAUGAUAAAUUGAAGGAAGGUGCACCUUUGAAUGGGAAAACCAUUGAAGUUUGUGAUAUUGCUGUGUGGAGUGCUUUGUAUCCUCUGCACAAUGACAAGAAAAUGUCUAAGGAGUACUUGGAACCUUACCCAGACAUUUUAAAUUGGAUGACUCAUUUCACUGAGAAUACUUUUGUGAAGGAAGCGCUUGCUGAAUUCAAAAUCCUGGAUGCGUUAACUUCUUAUCAAGCUUUGUUGAUUGGAGCUAAGUAUACUGCGGUUAACAUUAAGAGCUCCACCGAAGUUGCGACUGCUAAUCCUGAUGUUGUCUCACCUGAGGAGCUGAAAUCGGCGGAGGAGGCGUUUAAGAAGACCUUAAAUAACUUACCGAAACCAAAGAAGGAAGUUCAUCCAAUAUUGCCGGUAGCCGGUGAAAAAAAUGUACUUAUUACAUCAGCGUUGCCUUAUGUGAAUAAUGUACCGCAUUUGGGCAAUAUCAUUGGAUGCGUUUUAUCUUCCGACGUGUUUGCUAGAUUCUCUCGGUUAUGCAAUUGGAACACUUUGUUGAUUGGUGGUACUGAUGAGUACGGUACGGCCACAGAGACUAAAGCCUUGGAAGAAGGAUUAACGCCUCAACAGAUUUGCGACAAGUAUUUCGAGAUUCACAAUAAUAUUUAUAGGUGGUUCAAUAUUGGAUUCGAUUAUUUCGGCCGCACCACAACACCUGAACAAACACGUUUAGUUCAAGAUAUGUUCAUUACCUUGAACAAUAAUGGAUUCAUGCAAACGCAGCCCGUUGAACAAUUGCUCUGCGAGAAAUGCAACCGGUAUUUAGCAGACAGAUUCGUUGAGGGCGGUUGUCCACAUCCAGGAUGUAACUACGAAGAUGCCCGCGGUGAUCAGUGCGAUGGGUGCGGUAAACUAGUCAAUUCCACGGAACUGAAGAAUCCCAGAUGCAAGGUUUGCCGCACGGCGCCGGUGAAGAGAACGUCCAAGCAAUUCUUCUUGGAUCUUCCAAAGCUUGAACCGCUCUUGCACCACUGGAUGGAGAAAUCGUCGCAAGGCUGGACCAACAACGCUAAGGUUAUAAGUAAAUCUUGGAUGAAGGAAGGUUUGAAGCCGCGUUGCAUUACGCGAGAUCUUAAGUGGGGAGUUCCAGUUCCGUUAGAUGGUUACCGUGAUAAGGUAUUUUACGUGUGGUUCGAUGCUCCUUUGGGGUAUGUAUCGAUGACUUCGAAAUAUACAAAAGAUUGGGAGAAGUGGUGGAGACCUGCCAAGGAAACUGAUAUUACUUUGUUCCAAUUCAUGGCUAAAGAUAACGUUCCGUUCCAUUCUGUAAUGUUUCCAGCUACUUUACUUGGUGCUAACAAAGGCUACACUUUGGUGUCUCAUAUUAUGGCCACUGAGUACUUAAAUUAUGAAGAUGGCAAAUUCUCCAAAUCCAGGGGUGUCGGUGUUUUCGGCACUGAUGCUCAAGAAACUGGUAUUCCAAGUGACGUUUGGCGUUUCUACUUACUCUACGUGAGACCGGAAGGACAAGAUUCCAGCUUCAGUUGGGUCGAUCUGGCGACUAAAAAUAAUUCGGAAUUAUUAAAUAACUUGGGCAACUUCGUCAACAGAGCUCUUGUUUUCACUGAGAAGUUCUUCGGGUCCACCGUUCCAGCAAUGAAUUUGACCGAAGAAGAUUUAACUGUAUUAGCUCUGUGCACUCGUGAAUUGAAGUCGUAUGUGGCUUCUCUGGAGAAGGCGAAAUUAAGGGACGGUAUUCGUUACAUUCUGGCUAUCUCCAAGCAUGGUAAUCAAUACAUGCAAUCUACUCAACCUUGGGUAUUACUUAAACGAACCGACGAUGAUAAGCAAAGAGCUGGAACUGUCGUGGGUGUUUGCGUUAAUAUCGCCUGCCUCUUGGCUACUUUGAUGUUACCUUACAUGCCAGACAGCAGCAGAGCUCUUAAGGCUCAAUUGAACGCUCCUCCGGAAACCAAUAUUUUGACACCUGAUAACCCCGAAAUUGUCAUGUUCUUACCGGAAGGUCAUAAAAUUGGAAAACCAGCCCCAUUGUUCAGCAAAAUCGAACCCGCUCAAGUUGAAGAAAUGAAGAAGAAAUUUGGUGGACAGCAAAGCGACAAACCGUCUGCAGUAAGUGGAGAUGUAUCAGCGCUGGAAAAGGCAAUUCAAGAACAGGGUGAUAAAGUGCGUGUACUCAAGAGCAGCGGUUCUCCAAAAACCACGUGGCAACCAGAGGUAGCUAUCUUGUUGGAUUUGAAGAAAAAGUUGGAAGCUGCGCAAAAGGCCGUUCCAGCAUCCGCCCCAACCUCUGUCUCUGGAGAUGUGGCUACGCUAGAGAAAGCCGUUCAAGAGCAGGGUGAGAAAGUUCGUUCCUUGAAGAGCAGCGGUGUUCCGAAAGCGACGUGGCAACCUGAAGUUACUAUCCUGUUGGAUCUCAAGAAAAAACUGGAAGCUGCUCAAAAGGCUGCACCUGCGUCCGCUCCAUCUUCUGGUUCUGAUGAUGUAGCUUCUCUCGAGAAAGCCGUUCAAGAACAGGGUGAGAAAGUGCGUUCUUUGAAAAGCAGCGGUGUUCCAAAAGCGACGUGGCAACCGGAAGUAACAAUUUUAUUGGACCUGAAGAAAAAACUGGAGGCUGCUCAAAAAUCGACUGUAACAGCUUCACCAAGUACCAAUGGUGUUGCUAUUGCUGAUGUUAACGAAAUACAAUGUGCAAUUGAUAAACAGGCCUUAUUGGUAAGGCAGUUGAAGGAAGGCGGUGCAGCGAAAAGCGAAUGGUCUCCGCAAGUAACCAUUUUACUUGACUUGAAAGCUAAGUUAGCAGCGGCUACCGGACAGCCGUCGACUGGCGGUAAAAAGUCGAAGAAAUGAUUUUUUUAAUUUAUU